AUGGACGGCGACGGAAUGCAUCUGCGCUCGGGCUACGUGGUCCGCGCGCAGCCCGGGAUGUUGCCGAGCCCCGAGGCCAAGGCGGCGUUCGAGGAGGGCAUGCAGCUCAUCAUGCGCCGGUGGACGGCGCUCGGGCUCGCGGUGGAGAACAUGUGGGGCGGCGUGAACAGCCAGGACAAGGCCAACCAGCUGAUGCAGGACAUCAUCAACUGGUUCUACGAAAAGCGAGAACACUGGAAGGACGUGCUCGAGGAGUGUCUGGACGACAGCAUGCUCCACGAUUUCAACGUCGAGUGCGAGGACGGCAGCCAGGCUGAGGUCGCCGGAGCCAUGGUGCAGCUCUACGAGGAAAUCGCCGCCGGCAAGGCCGACAUGCUGAACACGCUGCGAGCCCAGGUCGCGUCAGAGCCCGGCGCGAAGAAGAGCAAGAAGCAGGUCAUCGACGCCGACGGCACCCUCAUUGACGGGGACGUCAGCGACAGCGACGACGACGACGACGGCGACGAUGACGACAUGGACGUCGGGAUGGAGGAGGACGACGUGCCGCCGAAGGCCGAGCCGAUCAUCGACGAGGACGGCUUCGAGAUGGUGGUGAGGAACAAGAAGGGCGGCCGCCGACGAUGA